CUUUCGGGACAGUAGCGGGAAGAUGGCUGCCUCCAGGAGCGAGGAGGGAGCUACCAUGGCGAAGGAGGAAGCGGCGGCCGCGGUGGAGGAGGGUCGGGCACGGGGGAGGAGGUCAGGGGUGGAGGUGUUGGUUUCCCAAGACACCUCGGACCCCCCUCCUCAGUGUCCCCACGGUCCUACUCUUCUGUUUGUAAAGGUGAACCAAGGUAAAGAAGAGGCUCGAAGAUUUUAUGCUUGCUCAGCUUGCAGAGAUAGAAAAGACUGUAAUUUCUUUCAGUGGGAAGAUGAAAAGUUGUCAGAAGCUAGACUUGCUGCCCGAGAAAUUUACAACAGACGUUGCCAACCUCCCCUGUCCCACAAGCAGUACAUAGAAAGAUAUUGGAAGUUUAUUGAGCUACCCUUAUCUCAAAGAAAGUUUUGCCGAAGAUGUCAACAGUUACUGUUACCAGAUGAUUGGGGAAAGCAUUGUGAUCACCAGGUACUUUGUGAUAUCUCCAUUGCUCAGUUAAAAAGACCCAGUCAGCUCCUGUAUCCACUGGAGAAUAAGAAGACAAAUGCUCAGUAUUUGUUCACAGACAGAAGUUGCCAGUUCUUACUAGACCUAAUUUCCACUCUUGGAUUCAGGAAAGUGCUGUGUGUUGGAACACCAAGGCUGCAUGAGCUGAUCAGAUUGAAAGCAUCAGGCGACAAGGAGUCUGACGUUAAAAGCCUUCUGCUGGAUAUUGAUUUUAGGUAUUCACAGUUUUAUACAGAAGAGAGCUUCUGCCAUUACAACAUGUUUAAUCAUUAUUUCUUUGACGGAAAGGCUGCUCUUGAAAUUUGUAGAAAAUUCUUAAAAGAAGAUAAAGGUGUAGAACUCAUUCUGGUGACAGAUCCUCCUUUUGGAGGCUUGGUAGAAUCACUGGCUGUUACCUUCAGGAAGUUUAUGGAUAUGUGGAAAGAGGAACAAAGCACAGAUAAUAAUAGCAAGGAACUACCAUUAUUUUGGAUUUUCCCCUAUUUUUUUGAAUCUCGAAUUCUUCAGUUUUUUCCAAACUUCAGCAUGCUGGAUUACCAGGUAGAUUAUGAUAAUCAUGCACUUUAUAAACAUGGAAAAACAGGUCGAAAACAGUCUCCUGUGCGUAUUUUCACCAAUAUUCCUCCCAACAAAAUAAUUCUUCCAGCAGAAGAAGGAUACAGGUUUUGUACUGUGUGUCAGCGUUAUGUUUCUUUAGAGAAUCAACACUGUGAGAUCUGCAAUUCAUGUACAUCUAAAGAUGGCAGGAGGUGGAAGCAUUGCCUUCGUUGCAAAAAAUGUGUCAAGCCCUCUUGGAUUCACUGCAGCAUUUGCAAUUACUGUGCACUUCCAAACCAUUCGUGUGCGGGUGCUAAAGAUGUUUGCUUUAUAUGUGGUGAAGCAGAUCACAAACGUACUAUGUGUCCUAAUUUCUCUACAUCUAAAAGAGCUAACAAGGCUGUCAGGAAACAGAAGCAAAAAAAAAGUAACAAGAUGAAAAUGGAGACCACUAAAGGACAAUCUAUGAAUCAUGCAACUGUUGCAAGGAAAAAGAAAAAGAAGAAAAGAGAACAUCAAUAUCCUUGCUCCUAAAUGUCCAGUGACCUGAGAAUAAGAUUGACAGCUUAACCUUUGGAGCCAUUUUCUGAAAGUGCAAUACUGGACUUAAAUUCUGUACUUUCAGAGAUGUGCAUCUUGAGAAACUUAAUAUUGUCAGGCAGUGUGCUCUCUCUAAUAUAGGUGUUUGUAACCUCUUUGUGUGUCAGGGUCCCCUUUGGGGGUCUGUGAACCCGUUUUCAGAAUGAUGUCUAAAUGCAUAAAACAAUCCAUGUUAUUAAAGAAACUGAUUAUAUUUAAAUAUAGUUAUCAAUUUUAUUUUUAUUUUUAAGUUCACAGACCCCUGGUUAAGAGUGCUUCAUCUGGUAGAUAAGGUCUAUGGUAACCUGUUAGGAACCCAGAUUGUUUCUUUGGUUGGGUUGUUCUCUUGGUCACUUUAUUUCCAAAAAUCUCAGUACUUAAAGCCCCUUUACUCUGUAAUUGGGCAUGAUUAAUAUAGCAUUCCUAUACAGAAGAAUCUGGAUAAGGAUAAAUGUGAAAGCCUAUAAUGUUUUGUCUACAGUGACCAUUAGAAGUGUAAUAAUAAGAUUUUGAAAUAGUGAUGUCUAUUUUUUUCCACAAAUUUUGACCCAAAGCGUUAAAUAACAGCAACAACAGUAAUGCAUUUACAACUCCCUUAAAAAGUACAAUGAACACAUACCAUUGUUUUCAGAUGGUAUCUGAUAUGACUCAGUAUUUUGAAAGAAUGCUCUAAAAAUGUAAAGAUCGAAUAGUUACCUGAUUAACAUAUCAUUUUUAAAGCAAAACUGUUUAGAUGUCUGCUGAUAUUAGUAUUGAAACAUUUCUUUUUCCUUUUCAAACUUAUACAUAAUGGUCCUACCAGCUGUCUAUCUCUAUCCAAAAAUAGUUUUCCUUACAUUUUAUUUCCUCUGUAUUUUAUAGUCUCGUGGAAAUUCUGUGAGCUUACUUUGAUGGCUAUGCUUUUUUUUUUUUGCAAGAGCAGCUCCUUACUAUGCCUUCACACACAGUGGAAUUCUUAUCCAUGUCUCUCUAAAGUCUCUAUAGAGGAUCUAUCUAUUGCACUGGACAUCUUACUAUAGUUCACUUAAAAUUUUUUUAGCUGUGAGUGCAAGCUACCCAUCAACAUGUUAUUUCUCAGUUUCAUUCAUGACUAGCCUACUUCCUUUGCAGAUUAUUCAUGUCUGUGGUGUAAUAUCUCUUACAUGGUCAAAUCUGUGCUUAAGGAAAAUCAUGGAGGAUGGACUUGAGUUGGGAGAGGGACAAUUAGGAGGCCAUUGCAAUAGUCCAGGCAAGAGAUGAUAAUGUCCUUGAACUAAAGUAUUGACUGUGUUAGUAGACAUAGGAGUUAAAUGCCAGAAAUGCUGCAACUGACUGGAUAUGUGGGCUGAGGGAGACUUUAUCAGGCUCCCUAGAUAGAAUGUGAACUCCUUGAAGCAGUUAUUUUCAUUUCUGUCUUUGUAUCCCCAAUCCCUUUUACAGUGCCUGAUGUAUAAUGCAAAUGUGUAAUAAAUGCUUGUUGAGAAUAAAUGAAUGAA